AUGCCUCCACCUUCUAAGUCACCAGGCUCCAAGCCUGAAAAGAACAUGUCAUCCCGUCUACUAACGAUGAAGUUCAUGCAACGAGCAGCUGCUAGCGCUGCUACUAAAGAGACUGCACAGCCCGAAUCUGGCGGCGAAUCCACAGAAUCUACACCCAAAAAGCGCAGAGUCUCCGGCGCACACGGGAGCCCAGCUACACCCUCGUCGGACAUGGAAGCUAUCUCUGCUGCUCUCGCGGAGGAAGAAGAGCGGCGCAGAGAGGCCAUCGCGCGGCAAGCCGCAGAGGCGGGAGAAACAGAAUGGGUCCUGGACUUUGGAGGCGCCGACACCGUGAGCCAAUAUGCGCAGCCGCUGGUGCUCGCAGACAGUUCUUUGGAUGCAGAUGACGACGACAUGGGCUAUGGGGGAAGGCAACUCUACGGUAACUAUAAGAGAAAGAACAAAGCCAAGCCCUCGAGCGACGAAGCUCAAGACGGAAGCGAUUCGCCAAAGGCCCAGCCAACGAACAAACCAAAGAAGAUCCAUGCGGAAAAUCUUGUCGCUAUUUCUGGAGGCGGGCGUUCGAAGCAAUUUGGAGGCCAUAAUAAUGAGAAGUCACAAAAGAAACGGAAGCACAAAUGA